UCUCAGCCAGCCUGAGCACCCCUCUCUUCCCCCGCCCCGCCCCGAGCACCGACAGCUCCCUUAAAAAAAAGAAAACAAAAAAUAGAGAGGGGGAAAAAAAAAGUUUUAAAAUAUCCCGCCUCCCUUCUUGCUUUUAUUUUGUUGUUGUUGUUGUUUGGGUCUUGUUUUUUGGUUUGUUAGGGAGAUUUUUUUUGUUUUUUUUUUUAUUUCUUCUGAUUUAGCGAUGGCAGAUUCCUUCACGGCCAGGAGCUGGCCCAUCCCCUGAGCAAAGGCAGCCUGGACAUGACCGGCAGGCGAGAGAGGAGGAAUUUGGAUUCCCUUGGGAGGCGCCGACCCCUCCUGCGGCCGGGGGGGAGCGCGGCCGCGGCCGCUCGGAGCCAGCGCGGGCAGCGGGGCUGGACCGCUCCCCGCGGCCACUGUCCCCCCGCGGGGAUGCGGCAUCGCCAGCGCCGGGACGGAGCCCUGCUGCAAUGAGAUCUGAGCCUUGACGUGAAGACCUCAACCAAAAUAUCAGCAGAGAGCCUGUGCUUCAGCCCUAAUCUCAGUGUCAACAAGCAAAACUUGUCCAGAAUUAGGAGAGAAGAUGGCCAUCAACUGGAAGCUCUGCUUCUUCAGCCUUGUAUUGCUUCCUGUGGUUGCAGCAACCCAUUCCAACUGCAUCAUUAAAAAGGAGCAAGAGACUUGUCUGGAGAAGAUCCGGAGGGCGACGGCCCUGAACCCUCUCAAUGACUCUUCUCCGGGUUGCCCAGGAAUGUGGGACAAUAUCACAUGUUGGAAACCUGCAAGUGUGGGAGAAAUUGUCUUUGUCAAGUGUCCUGCACUCUUCAGAUUUAUCAUCUCUGAAGACGGUUGGGAAGUGGAUAAUUUGGGGCAAACCCAUGCAGGUGAUUAUGACCUGCUGGAAAGCACAGCCCAGUCUCUCCUAGGGGACAUCAGCAGGAAUUGCACUGAAGAUGGCUGGUCUGAACCUUUCCCUCAUUAUUACGAUGCCUGCGGCUUCGAUGAGAACGAAACAGAGUCUGAUAACCAGGAUUACUACUAUCUCUCGGUGAAGGCUCUGUACACGGUGGGAUACAGCACGUCCCUGGUGUCCCUCACCACUGCCAUGGUCAUCCUGUGUCGCUUCAGGAAGCUUCACUGCACUCGGAAUUUCAUCCACAUGAACCUUUUUGUUUCAUUCAUCCUCCGUGCAAUAUCUGUGUUCAUUAAGGACGGGGUUCUUUAUGCUGAGCAGGAUGGAAACCACUGUUUUAUCUCCACGGUGGAAUGCAAAGCAGUGAUGGUGUUUUUUCACUACUGUGUCAUGUCCAACUACUUCUGGCUGUUCAUCGAGGGGUUGUACCUCUUCACUUUGUUGGUGGAAACCUUCUUCCCCGAGAGGAGAUAUUUCUACUGGUACACAAUCAUUGGCUGGGGUACCCCGACAAUUUGUGUCACUGUCUGGGCAGUGCUGAGGCUCCACUUCGAUGACACUGGCUGCUGGGACAUGAAUGACAACACUGCCUUGUGGUGGGUGAUCAAAGGUCCCGUGGUUGGGUCAAUCAUGAUAAACUUUGUGCUUUUUAUUGGCAUAAUUGUGAUACUUGUGCAGAAACUCCAGUCACCUGACAUCGGAGGCAAUGAAUCCAGCAUUUACUUCAGCUGCGUUCAGAAAUGCUACUGUAAGCCUAAGAGGGCUAACCAGCACUCUUGCAAGAUGUCAGAACUAUCAACCAUUACCCUACAGAAACUCCAGGAUUUUGCUAAAGAAUAUUUAGUAGUUAUCUUCAACACCAUUAAGGAAAAAAGAUUGGUUGCUAAUUGCAAGGCUGCAUUAAAGUUCUUUCCCUCUGUUGUGACAGGAGACUUGGCUCGCUCCACCCUGCUGCUGAUCCCUUUGUUUGGAAUUCACUACACGGUGUUUGCCUUUCCUCCUGAGAAUGUCAGUAAGAGGGAGAGGCUGGUGUUUGAGUUGGGACUGGGAUCCUUCCAGGGUUUUGUUGUUGCUGUUCUCUACUGCUUCUUGAAUGGGGAGGUGCAAUCAGAAAUAAAGAGAAAAUGGAGGAGCUGGAAAGUCAACCGGUAUUUUGCUGUGGAUUUCAAACAUCGCCAUCCUUCUCUAGCGAGCAGCGGAGUGAACGGGGGGACACAACUCUCCAUUCUGAGCAAGAGCAGCUCUCAGAUUCGGAUGUCCAGCAUAAAUGCAGAGAACCUGGCGACAUGAGCAGCUGAGGACAGCAAAGCAAACAACGAGCAAACCAAAAACC